AUGUACAGCGUUGUCAGAAGGAAAAACGCUCCAAUAGUGCCAGAGAAAAACACUGAUCUGAAAGACUAUCUGGCUGUCCAAAUAUUCAAUGAGAACAUCUACAGCGAGCCUAUCAAUCCUUCGGACUUCAUCAGUCAACAGCCUGAGCCAGAAAAGGAAACACCGAGUGACCCCAUCAUUUAUGCCCCAAUUUACCCUUCGUUCACGGAGCUUCCUGAGAGCUUUGAACUCCCACCAAAAGUCGACAGCAGCAAUAUCAAAGAGAAGUCAUCGCUUCGUACAGGGCACUAUGGGGAAGUUGUACUGGCCAGCACUGUUGGUCUGAGUCUGAAAGACCUGAACCUCAGCAAGACUGAGACUAACACAAAGGUCUCCGUCACUGUGGCCAUGAAAAAACUGAAACUGGAUGCAACUCCAGUUCAGCGAAGAGCAUUCGAAACGGAAGCCAAGUUCUUGUCACGACUUCGCCACCCAAACGUCGUACGCCUCCUCGGUGCUUGCUACGAAUACCCCACCUUCAUCAUGAUGGAGUACAUGAAGGAUGGCGACCUCAGCCAAUUCCUCCAAAAAUACUCUGAGGUCGUUUCUAUAGCGACGCCCUCCAGUACAACACAGAUCACUGAGUCGACCCUGGUGUUCAUGGCAUCCCAGAUUUGCAGCGGAAUGAAGCAACUUGCCGCCCUGAACUUCAUCCAUCGCGAUCUCGCCACUCGAAAUUGCCUGGUUGGAAAUAACUUUAGCGUCAAAGUAGCUAGCUUGGGUGUCGACAAGAACAUCUACCAGUCUCACUACUUCAGAGUCCAGGGCAAUAUGUUGCUCCCCAUUCGCUGGAUGGCCACCGAGUGUUUCAGCGGCAAAUUCUCGGAGAAGUCAGACGUGUGGGCAUUUGGUGUGACCAUGUGGGAGAUGUUCACUCUGGCCAAGCAGCUGCCGUAUCGCCACCUCUCUGACGAGGAGGUGAUCCACAAUGCCUUGAAGAGGGCAGUAUCGUCAAUUUCCGACUCAGUCUUCCUCGUGCCCCCGGAAAUCCGUUUUUGUUGUCUGAUAUUUCCACUUCUAUUUCUGAUGGGGCAUGCACAGGUGCAGGUAGUACCUCAAGGAAUAGAGUCAGUCAAUGGAUCUAGUGUGACAAUGGGAUGUACUAGUCCACUAGUAGACAGUGGUGGUGUGAUGGUGUGUGAGUCACGAAGCUAUCUGAUUGAUGGUUGCUCUCCUGAUAUUGACACAAGUACCUCUGACUGGGCAUCUCAGCUAGUGACAGUGAGGAGGAAUGAGGGAACUGCUGGUAUCACUUUCCCUCAUGUUCUGCUGACAUUUGGCUUUGACACAGCUGUGUCUCUGACUGGAAUUGAGAUGGACUUGUUCAACUGUCCUGACUGGAACAUUGGUAUUCCAUCUAUCACAGUGUAUCUCAAUCCAGAUUACAACUUAGCAGCUACCACCAACAUAUUUAGCCUUCCAUUUGUGUUUGCUGGUGACAACUCCCUCCAGUCAUCUUGUGACUCUCUUUCAACUGUUACCUUUUCUGGAGGCUCAUUCCUAAGUGGAUCCUAUCGCACAGUCUAUAUUCUAGUGGACCUAUCACACACCUCAUCCAUACAACACCCCUCAGUCGACCCCACCCCAGACACCCCACCAUCUCGACAGUCCAGUAGUGACAACACAUUGACGAUCGCACUAGUAUCAACCAUCGUCGGCCUCAUCUUGCUGGUUUUCAUCCUGGCUGGUUCGAUCAUAUUCGUCUUGAUGAGGAGACGCUCCCGUUGCAAUCGGACCCACUACAUGGUCAAAACUGUGUCCUACGAACUAGAGAAACGCUCAGACCCUCGCACCAACACUGAUAACUACCUACAGGCAACCAAUCCCAUGGAGUCGGCGUUUGACGACCGCUACGUCUGUCCGUCUGGAUCACUCGGAACUAAUCACAGCGACGACCACUAUGACUUCAUCAAGAAGGAGUACAUCAGCGAUGCCUUGUAUGAUGUGGUUGCCAAUGACGAGCCUCCCCCACCCACUGAGUCUGCUCAACCAUUUCCCGAGGACGAAUUUGAUGGAGGUCACUACGAGGUCAUUCAUCCACCUAUCAGUUCUACUGGAGCUGCAGCAUCAUCGUCACCUGCCAAGAAACAGCAGUCAAAUGCGAACUCUUCUGACUCCCCUAAGAGCCCCGAAGAGGCUGCUAGAAUGUAUAGCCUUGUCAAGGUGAGAAAGGCCCCGAAAGUUCCAGAGAAGAGCUCCGAUCUGAAAGACUAUCUUGCCGUCCGAAUCUUCAAUGAGAACAUCUACAGCGAGCAUAUCAAUCCUUCGGACUUCAUCAGUCAACAGCCUGAGCCAGAAGAGGAAAUAUCGAGUGACCCCAUCAUUUAUGCCCCAAUUUACCCUUCGUUCACGGAGCUCCCUGAGAGCUUUGAACUCCCACCCGAAGUCGACAGCAGCAAUGUCAAAGAGAAGUCAUCGCUUCGAACGGGGCACUACGGGGAUGUUGUACUGGCCAGCACUGUUGGUCUGAGUCUGAAAGACCUGCACCUCAGCAAGACUGAGACUAACAAGAAUGUCUCCGUCACUGUGGCCAUGAAAAAACUGAAACUGGAUGCAACUCCAGUUCAGCGAAGAGCAUUCGAAACGGAAGCCAAGUUCUUGUCACGACUUCGCCACCCGAACGUCGUACGCCUCCUCGGUGCCUGCUACGAAGACCCCACCUUCAUCAUGAUGGAGUACAUGAAGGAUGGCGACCUCAGCCAAUUCCUCCAGAAAUACUCUGAGGUCGUUUCUAUAGCGACGCCCUCCAGUACAACACAGAUCACUCAGUCGACCCUGGUGUUCAUGGCAUCCCAGAUUUGCAGCGGAAUGAAGCAACUUGCCGCCCUGAACUUCAUCCAUCGCGAUCUCGCCACUCGAAAUUGCCUGGUUGGAAAUAACUUUAGCGUCAAAGUAGCUAGCUUGGGUGUCGACAAGAACAUCUACCAGUCUCACUACUUCAGAGUCCAGGGCAAUACGUUGCUUCCCAUUCGCUGGAUGGCCACCGAGUGUUUCGACGGUAAAUUCUCGGAGAAGUCAGACGUGUGGGCAUUUGGUGUGACCAUGUGGGAGAUGUUCACUCUGGCCAAGCAGCUGCCGUAUCGCCACCUCUCUGACGAGGAGGUGAUCCACAAUGCCUUGAAGAGGGAGUAUCGUCAAUUUCCGACUCAGUCUUCCUCGUGCCCCCAGUCCGUGUACGAGAUCAUGGAACGGUGCUGGGUCAUGGACUUCAAUGAACGAAUCACAUUUGGGGAACUGCAGACUUUGCUGCACACAGUACUGUAA